AUGGUGGUUCAAAAGAAAAAGGACAACCUGCUGCCAAACGGCCUGAGAAACAGGGGUAACACGUGUUUUUUUAAUGCUGCCAUGCAAUGCAUUCUGUCGAUAGGGGAGAUCAAUACAUUCUACAUGACUACCGAGUUUCCAAAGCAAAAAGAGGUUUCAAAUGCAUUUAAGCAGUUUAUCAUGGAGUAUGGAAAGCCUGGAACAUCCGAUCCUAGUGCUUUUAUCAGCAGGAUCGGCAAGAAGAUGAAACUGUUCAAUGGCAGGCAACAGGACUCACACGAGUUUUUUAUCAAAUUUAUCGAUUUGCUGUACAGGGAGUUUGAUGACAACAAAAGUAGGUUUGAAUCGAAGGAGGAGUUUGAUGACACAAGAAAAAGCAACAUUAUUGCAAAUAUUCUGUUUUCAAUAGACAGGCACAUGGUUGUUUGCGAAAUGUGUGGAUUUUCAUCGACCCGGACUGAUUUGAAGAGCACCGUGGGUGUUGUGCCAUGCAAGAGUAUCCAGCAGGGCAUAGAUGGGUAUUAUGAGGAGGAGAUCUUGGAAGGUGCAAAUGCAUGGCAGUGCGAUGGGUGUAGUAUGAAGAAGAGGUCUCGGAAGAAGAUGGAAGUUCUUGUGCAUCCGGAGGUUCUUGUUGUUCAUAUCUUGAGGUUUAGUGCACAAGGUUCCAAGAUCACCGCAAGCAUUGAGAUUAAUGAUGUCUUGAUGUUCAAUGGCAGGAAGUACAGCCUCUUUGGGGUUGUUUGCCAGAGUGGAAGCAUGAACGAGGGGCACUAUGUUGCAGAGGCCAAAAGGGCAGGCAUCUGGAAUUUGUAUGAUGACGAGAGAGUGAUCAAAGCGUGUAAGACAUAUAGUGGGUCGAAUCCUUACAUGGCCUUUUAUACACUUGGGUCGUGA